GUAAUCAGGUAGAGAGAACUCGCGAAAACGUCGUCGUUCUGAGAUAUCACUCCAUUGUAGGUUGGUUUAACCGGCACGAGCUUCUCGCCGCCGGCAAGUAAACCCCCGAGUUUCAUUCCACCGGUGACAUGGAGAAAGGCGAAGCGAAGAGCAAGAAACCUCCUCGUCUCUGCUGCAUCUGUAACGAGAGACGACCCGUCCUCAAAAGACCCAAAACCCUUCAACAAAUAUGCAGAUAGUGCUUUUACGAGGUGUUCGAGGAGGAGAUUCACCAAGCCAUCGUCAAGAACCGGCUGUUCAAAUCCGGAGAGCGUGUUGCUAUAGGCGCCUCCGGUGGAAAAGAUUCAACGGUGCUGGCUUAUGUAUUAUCAGAGCUAAACAGACGCCAUAGCUAUGGGUUAGACCUCUUCCUUCUCUCCAUUGAUGAAGGGAUCACAGGUUACCGUGAUGAUUCUCUCGAGACCGUUAAAAGAAACGAACUCCAAUAUGGGUUGCCUCUUCAGAUUCUUUCGUACAAAGAUCUGUACGGAUGGACGAUGGAUGAUAUUGUGAAGAUGAUCGGUCUGAAGAACAAUUUACUUAGUUGUUUUUUUUUUUAUAGUUUUCAUGUUUUUCGGAAGGCGCUUGAUCGAGGAGCUGCGUUGUUGAAAGUAGAUAAGCUGGUGACUGGACAUAACGCAGAUGAUAUAGCUGAAACGGUUCUCUUGAACAUACUUAGAGGAGAUAUCGCUAGAUUGAGUCGGUGCACAUCGAUCACUACAGGUGAAGACGGUCCAAUUCCAAGGUGUAAACCUUUCAAAUAUACAUACGAGAAGGAGAUUGUUAUGUAUGCUUAUUUCAAGAAGUUAGACUACUUCUCAACCGAAUAUAAGUUUCACUACUAGUGUAUAUACUCUCCUAAUGCUUAUCGUGGGUUCGCACGUGAGUUCAUCAAAGACUUGGAAAGACUAAGGCCAAGAGCUAUUCUGGAUAUCAUUAAAUCCGGUGAAGACUUCAGAAUUGCGACGACCACAAAAAUGCCUGAGCAAGGGACGUGUGAGCGUUGCGGCUACAUUUCUAGCCAGAAAUGGUGCAAAGCGUGUGUGUUGUUGGAUGGAUUGAACCGUGGUUUGCCUAAGAUGGGCAUUGGAAGAGCUCGAGGAGGAGGUGUAAACGGUGUUGAUCACAAGAAGGAAACAAAGGCUGGAUCUACUGUGAAAUCUCUUGAGAGCAAGCAAUGUGGAUCUCUGGAUUUCUAAAUUUUGAGAGAAAUGGUCUAAAAAUGCAGAAACUGGUUCUGUAUAGAAGAAAAUGUUAAAAUACAUCAUUGUUUGUUAGUGAUUAUUGAAAUUUUUACUACAUUGAUGAUCCAGCUGGUCAACUUGACUAAACUCAAUCCAGCCUGGUUUUGACAAUCAUGCAUUAAAUGUUCCACUCAAGUCUUCUG